AAAAAAAACUCUCCAAGACGUAAGAAACUUUAGUACAUAACUUUGUCACGUUCGUAUUCCUAAAGAUACAGAUUUCUUGUCUAUAUAAGCGAGAGCAAGAAAUAAUUUCAUUUAAGACUAUACGGACGCGCAAGUGGUGAAGUGCAUUUAACGGUGACAUUUCCAGUUACUAUAGUAAAAUAAAAAAUGUUACAUCUAAGAAUUUGUGUUAUAAUGUUCAUGGCUCUGAUUGGGACUAUUUUAUCAAAGGAGCAACACGCCGAAUUGUAUCAAUAUCAUGAUAGUUUGCGUGCCCAUGCUUCAUGGACCGGAAGAUUUGGUUUCUAUUACUUUGAUGAGCUACGUAAACGAUUUUGUCAUUCGUUUUGCAAUCCUGCAGAUAUAGAUCACAUGUCAUAUUUUGCAAAACUCAUGUGUGCUGCAAAGUGUCCCGAAUUGUAUUUACCGCAUGGUACAAGUACACCAAGUGCAGAAUCAACCACAGAAUCCACCACGAAAAUCACAACUAUAGCUAUUUCUAAUACAACUGUACCACUAAAUCAAUCUACAACUAUGCAUCCUAGUAUUCCAACUAUACCUCCUACUAAUGCUAGUACUUCUAAUACUACUAAUACUGCUACUACACAAACUACAUUAACUACUACAUAAACAAAAUCAAUCUCUCUUAUAAUCAUAAUUAUAAAAGAAUAGAAUUAUGAUUAAAUAAUGUUAUCCAAACUACAAAUUUCUGAAAACAUUAUGCUAUAUGUCUAUAAAUACAUUAUUACAUGUUUACCAAAUAUAAUAUAAACAUAAUCAUCAAAACCGCAUCAAUAUUCUCGGUGGUGCACAUUGGAACUACGAAGACAAUGUCCAUGAUUCUGUUCAGUCGGUCACAUCUGGUUCUGUUUUAUGUUAUACACGUAACACGUAUAAUUGUUUUUAUAUAAAUAUAACUGUUUGUUUGUACAAUUGUAUUCAUUAUAUAUAUUUAUCUAAAUGCUUGUGUAACAUUUAUAUAAGCGUUAAAUACACUUAUCAUUGAUACGUUUUGGACAUAUACCACGAAAUAAAAUCAAAAACCGAGACUUUAAACUAUUACAUAAAAGCAUUUUGUUAGAUCGAUCUAUAACCAAACUUAACAUUAUCUAUAUGAAAUACAGAUUAGAUUGCUUAGAUCGUUAAACUAAACAAAAUAUUAGAUUUUGUCACAGUGAUAUGAAAUGAAGAGGUAAAAGAUGAGAAUGUAUACGAGAAUAUAAAGUAUUCAUAAUAAACUAUAGUAAUUAGUGAA